AUGGGUCAUUUUAAAAAACACCUGUUAGUUCAUCGUAUGAAUAUUAGAAAAGCAAGACAAUAUAGAAACCAUAUUAGUGAUAGUGAAGAUACACCUAUAAUUGAUAAUAAUGAGUAUGAUUUAGAAGAUGAGGAAAAAGCAGAGUUAGUUUUUAAACGGUUGUUUCAAAAUACUCAAAAGCUGGAUAAUAUAAAAAGCUCACGCUGGAGAUAUACUGGCAACUCUGUUCGAACAAGACAAAGAAAAUUAAGAGAAAAUAAAUUAGCAGCAGUAGGAAGUCAUAAAAUAAACCAAUUUUUUAGCUUAACAAACAAUAUGAAUUUGAAUAAUAACGAUGAAAUAGAAGACCAGUUAAACUAUGAAAGUGAAAACAAACUUAUGAAAUAUUCUGAACA